AUGAAUCGACAAAUUAUUCUUUUCGUAGUAGUCUUUUUUCUACUUUCUUCUUCUUCCUUGUUCGUGGCAGGGGCCAAUGAAGAUAUCCUAAUCCGAAACGUGGAAUGGGAUGGAGAAGAAUACCGCCUCCAACACGAUUUCAACGUCUUCAAGCACAAGUUUAACAAAGUAUACGCCUCGCAAGAAGAAGAGGCUUUCAGGUUUUCGGUUUUUAAAGCUAACAUGCGCCAAGCAAUGCAGAGGAACAAGAAGCUUGAUGAUCCGUCGGCUGUUCAUGGGUUUACUCAAUUUUCUGAUAUGACGGCAGCGGAGUUUAAGAAGCAUCUUGGAUUAAAGAUUUGA